AUGUUUUUCCCGGUGAGACCUAAUAGCACUAAGAGCCGGAAGUCCAAACCCCCAACCUCCUCCACGACUUCGAAAACCAAACAUCCUAAGGGCUCCUCUCUGGUUCGGCCCUCCCGCAAUUCUACCAAGGAUCCCGAUCCCGACCCAACGGCUCGCUCCUCCACUUCUGAAUUAACCUCGCUCAGCGCCCCUCUACGCAGGUCCUCGAUGCCAGGUCUCGACGCCAGUGGCUCGGGAACCGCCUCGUUCCUUGAGUCGAGGACCAGCCUGCCUUAUCCUACCUUCUCUCAAGCGCACCGCAAGGAAGAUGUUCGCAAAGCCAACAUCCCCACACCGGACCCGACCGACUUGACCGAGGACCAGGAAAAUACCAAGACAAAUGGCAACCACACCCGCGAUAACCACCAGGCCCCGCCGAGUCCGCCACUGACGGGCCUCGACCAGCCCUCCUCGCGCAAGGGUAGUGCGGUCGGCGAGCAGGAAGAAAAGAACAAGAGUUCGGACAAAGCCAAGGCGAAGAAAGCGAGCAUAAAAAUCAGGACUGAGGUCAAUAGGUCAUCCUCGAGUCUGCGAUCGAAGAGAGAUGGAGAAACGAAGUCCAGUAAGGCCUCGCGGGCCGAUACACCCAAAUCGAAAUCAUCGAAAACAGACAAAUCAGAAAAACCCGAGAAGGAAGAGUCAUCUCCUCGCACAAGCCAUAGGUCUUCGAAGACCAAAUCUUCCGAAGAGAAGAAACUACCCAAGCGAUCCAGUCGGUCUGUUCUAUCGCAGUCGAAUGUCACAGUCCGCGAUGCUGGCGCUCAAUCACCUAAUGGAUCGGAUGCCACUUCCAUCGCCCCCAACCAACACACGGCUCCCGGAAAGUCGGUGACCCCGCCUAUCAAACCUCCCUCUCGGACGCAGAACCGGUCUUCGGCAUCCCACCGUCACACUCCUAGCGAUGAUUCUAUCGACUGCGGAAGACAUAUGCCGUCUGGCCCGUCAUAUGGAGCACCUCCACCCCCUCCACCACCACCUCAGGUGCCCGUUUCCAUACCCAGAGUCGACUAUCUCCUUCAGCAUGGAGGUCUCGAGAAUAAGGUUCCCCGGACACUCUUGGUCGGACCCAGCCCAUCUGAUCCUUUCGCCCAGUCUGCCACUCACCCUCAACUAGCGGCCGCAAAAGUAUUCGAUCCGUUUAACCGCCUUCUGGAUGACUACAAUAAGGUCAUGAGCAAGAGUGGGUCUCUCGCUGUUGCUACGGGGUACAGGUCGGUGGCGCGACGACUGCUCGAUCGACUCGAGGCAGUUUUUGCGCGUGAUAUCUCAUCGGAGCCUUGCCACUGCCUGAUGUGCGACCAUGAGGAUUUAGAGGAGCGCCCCGAGGGAGUAAGCUGGGGAGAGGUGUUGGAGCUGGUUUCUGGGCGCCGAGAGUUGCCUAUGUGGCCACCUUUCAUGAUGGCACAUUCAUCUAUAGACUCAGACAUGCCAGGUGGAGAACAUAUUCCGAUGCAAAAGCUCGAUAUCGAUGUCCCUGAAGAAUAUCGCGAGCAUUUCAUGCGACAGUCUCGGAAGACAAAGGUUGCUGUGGACAAAUGGCUCUCUGAGCAAAAUGUCUCACUUACCAGUGCCCCAGAGGAAGUGGACGACGAGACGUUGACUUUUGCUAUGCUCACCCAUCUUGAACACCACCAACGCUCUUUGUUCUGCGCUCUACUUGGUAUCAACUCUUCAACUCCUGUUCCUCGGUCGGAUGAUGAGAAACCUCGACCAAAGCCAUCAUCUCUCGUGUUUUGCUCGCUGGCAAUCCAGCGGCUUUACAGGCUGCAAUCCCUCCCACGUGACCCUGAAACAGCCAUGUUCAUGCUCAAUAACCCUGAGCUGCAUCAUGUCCUUGCCACCCUCGCCGCUAUCAGUGAUGAUGAAUGGGAAAUUCUCAUCUCCGGCCGCUUUGACGGCUUCCUCCGCAGCGGCGCCGAAGACGCAAUGCCUUCCUUCAACCCCCGCUCUAGCGGUAGCCGCUCCAACACCCCCUUCAGCACAGGAGGCAUCUCUCGCGGACCGACACCCAAUUAUACGGAUGGAAGUUUCCGCUCUGCAAGUCAACCGAACGGCAACCCCUCAUCCCCAGCUUCAUUCGGAGGACCAAUCGCCUUAGACGAGGAGACUGAAAUCGCCGCACUGGCCGAAAUCGAACGAGACAUUUUCCUAAGCAUGGAAGCCAUGGAGGACGCCUUUGAAGCCCUCCAUCUCAAAGCCGAAGUCGUUCGUCGCGCCCUCCGGGAACGCGGCGCUGGCCUAUCGGUCGCAAAUCAAAGCCGACGCGGCUCUUACGUUGAAGCGCGCCUGGGCACCCCAUUCAGUCAACACGAAUGGGAAAGCGGAAUGGAAGACGACUUCCUCGACGACGACCGCUCUCUCGCCCCCGAUGACUCAGCUAGUAACAUAAGUUCUAACCGUCGACGCCGGCCCAAGAGACGCACUGAGCGACGCACACCCGCGCCUGUGGAAGAGGAGGACGAGGAAGAAUCGUCCCCGGUCGGUCGGCGCGAUUCAAGAAACUCUCGCCGAAGGUAA